GCCUGACACUUCUCCACGAAUAUAUUUAAUGCAUGUACAAGCAAGUGUUUUACUUUUCAUUUAUGUGUGGUAUGUUUUGUCAUUUGAAAGGUACAUACAUGCACAAGUUUGAACAUGUAACGUUAUGAGUAAUAUUGAUACCAUUUGUACGCAUGCCUAUCGGUUGGCAAAAUGCGAAAACGAAAGUAACACAAGUGGCGUGGCGAAAAAGGAAGUUAACUAAGUUUGAUCGAUGCGGCAAUUUUGUGUAAAACAGAAGGCAGAUAAAACGUUGGUACGUCAUUUCCCGUAAAUGGAAGUUUCCGACCGAAGCGUCGAUCCGGGUAUAGCUGAAAAUAGCGGGCCCCUCUGUGUGCCGUGUUUGGCCAAAGGGAAAACAUUGAAGGCCCAUGGAUUCUGCAAUAGCUGUAAGGAGUACAUGUGUCCAUCAUGCGUUAUACACCACGGAAAACAGCCGGCCUCGGAACAACACGAUAUCCUUGGCAAGCAGAAAAUGCCCACUCAUUAUCCGCCAAGUAGAAAGGCUGAAGAAGUCACAGGGUUGGAGCAUUGCAAAGAACAUCCACAGGAAGCAAUCAAUUUCUUCUGUCGAGCACAUAGGCAAUUAUUUUGUGGGAAUUGCAUUGCUUUAAAGCACAAGGACUGCAAGAUUGAUUAUAUACCAGACGUCGCGCAUUCUUUCACUGCAAGCAACGAAUUCAAGGUUAUCGUUGACAAGGUGGCAAAGCUUGAGACAGAUUUAAAUUCUUGGGAAAGAAAACUUCAAUCCAAUGAACAGUCGGUGAUUGAAAUUAAUAAAGUCCAGUUGAAGAAGUUGGAAGACUUUAGAGUCGAAAUCAAUGAAUAUCUUAACAAACGAGAAAUGGCUCUCAUCAAAUCCAUGGAGAAGGCAAAAGAGAAAGACACAGAUCUUACACGGAAAUUCAUGGAAGAUAUAAACGCUGCGAAAUCAACACUAGCUGAGAUGAAAGAAAGGCUCAAAGUUCAGGACAAGAACGCUGACCACGCCUAUGUAGCAGCCAGGCAUGCACUAACGAUUAUGGGCGAUAUGCAAACAUUGAUAAAGAAAGUUGAGACAGAAAAUACGGUGACGCGUUACCACUUUAUUCGAGAUACGAAAACCGAAUGCCUGCUUCUCUGGAAGGAUGCAAUUGGGAAGAUUGAGGGACAAACAGACUUUUUCACGGCUAAGCGAAACCCCAAGGAUAACAUGAACAUCAAGCACCCGGAUGACAAAGAAGAUUGCCAUAUAUCAGGCUCGGCCUUCAUCAGGCCCGGUACCCUCCUCCUUGCUGACUGCAACAAUCGAUGUGUGAAAACCUUAGACCUGACAACCGGCAAGGUGAGCGCCCGUCUGGAUGUGGACGGUUCACCCUGGGAUGUCUUCGUGCAGCCGGAUGACAUGGCCGCCGUUACUCUAAUGGGACUGAAUUUUUCCACGAUCAAGUUCAUCAGCACAAGGAACGCACUGACAAUUGCAUCAAUAUCAUGCAUCUUUGUUGAUGGGUGGUGUAAGGGAAUAGCUCUCAGUGAUGGUAGGCUUUACUUGAUAUUUAAGGAACCGACGCCUCGAAUAGAAGUAAGAACCGUGAAUGGGGAUAUUUUACAAACCUUCGACAAUACAACCCUCCAAAAAGAAGUUUUUCGUGAUCCGCAGUGCUUGAUCAUAAGCCGUGACGAUGUCAGCACAAUAUACGUAGCAGAUAACGACAGUAAAACGGUGUCCCAGCUGAGCCUACAAGGUGAGCUGCUACACACUUUUUCACACAAUGCGCUGUCUCAAGCUCUCGUGGACGUCGACGGGAGCCAGGUGAUCGUCGUUUGCCAUGACAGCAACACGGUGAUUGUGAUUUCCGGGCGUGACGGAAGAAUUAAGACUAUGCUGGGGACAAACGAUGGGAUAAAGUGUCCACUUACUGUGGCUUUCUGUCCGACACAGAAGACACUCGUCGUUGGAGGGGAGAAUGAUCAUGUGUGUGUUUACAAGCUUAUAUAAUUUUUCGUACUUCACAGCCAGAAACUUAAAAACAAGUAUAAUACAAUGGAGGUGUAUCACGGAAGCUCAAUGUAAAUACAUAUUCAAAGCCAACCAGGACACUGUCGUCCAGCUGAGCCUGAACUAAUUUGUGAUUUCAUGGAUGCAUAACUGCCAAACUUGGAAUAUUUUUGAACUAAUAUGAGUGCUUGUAAAACCUAAACAUUGAGGGCGUGCAAUUUAGCAAUGCAUUUUUUCUUCUUCUAAAAUAAACAUACUAUGAUAACCAACUUCUGCCUGUUAUUUGUUUGUGUUUUGCUAAAUUGAAGCAGAUGUAAUGAAAACAGAACAGUCAAUGUGUCCCUGUCUAAUAUUAUUAUGCUGAAGUAAAAAACAAGUAUGUACGGCCCCAAUUUCCAAUUUAACCGGAUUAAGUUAAGCUCAUUUUUUUUCGUUUUAUUAUGGUUUGUUUGAUGUUGACAUGUUUAAGAGAUUGUGGAUUUUUAUAGAAAGUUAUCAUUAUAAUCAAUAUUUAUUCUUAUUUUUAAUAAAGCCAAGACUUAGUAUGACCUUUGGCUCAAUGCUUUAGAUGUGUGUUUUUUUUACACAUUGAAGAUAUUGUUGAAUUCAAAAGGAAGUUAUAAUUAUGAUUUUCAAAACAAGAUUAAGUAUGAAAUUUGCCUCAAUGAAAUAAGCCACUUAAUGCUGCGCUUAAGAAAGAAAGUGGAACAUGGCUUUCGGGAACCAUAUGUGGCUGCGACUCAUAACAACCAAUGACAUAAAAUUAAUAAACUAAAUGCGCAGGUUUCAUUUUUAAGGCAAUCGAUAAAGUGUGUGUGUUGUACUAUGUAUGGAAACUGGAUGUAUGAAACGCAACGUGGUUAGACGAAAAACAUUGUUUAAUAUGUGUGUUAAUAUCUUACGAGCCAUUGAAUCAGAGUUUAAUUAAGAGUUUUAAAGAUUUUUUAUUAGGAAAUUAGAUGGCGUUUUAUACCAAUACUCGACAUGACAUUCAACUGUAUGGACAUUGCUAGAGGUGUUUUCGUUUAAGCACGAUUGGUGGAAAAACACGCCAGUACAUUUAUCAUUCGGAGCUCCUCGGCCAUUUUUAUCGAAAACAACCUCGGAUGUAUGCCGGUACAUCAGUUGAAGUAUAUCAUUAAUUAAAUGUUGUGUUUUAUAGUUGUAUUUAUUGAUCUAAGUUUAAAUUGAUUGUCAGUGAAGUGAAUUAUUGCAAACAUCAUUAAGAUUUCCAAGAGUUACGUCAUAAAGUUUAACUGCUAAAAUAAAAUUACUACGCGAUCUACUUUCAGCGGGCUUAAACGUACCUCUUUUUGAGUAUGUAAACCGUCCAAAUACAUCCGAGGUUGUUUUCUAUAAAAAUGGCCGAGGAGUUCCGAAUGUACAUUUAUAACUAAAACUAAUGAAAUAAGAAAUUUGAACAUUAAUGCUUAUGUUGAUUUGAUAAAACAUGUUUGAAUAUGUUUGCUUCUGUAUUAUAACUGCUUGUUUCAUUCUGCAUUAUUUGUAUACCUGAAGGUAUGUGUUAUUAUUAUUUGUAUUUAUAUUUAUAUUCAAUAAAUCGUAUC